AUUUAGGACCUAGAUCAUUUUCCAACGGCGUCGUUUAAUAAUAAGAAGUAUGAAUAAAGAGAAGUCAGUGGCCUGCAUUAGUUAUCCUUAAACCCUCAAAAUCACCAACGCCGCCGUAUUGCAGAUGGAUGAGGGUUCAAAUCGCUCGUAACUUCUUCUUCCCCUUACCCUUCGAUCAUCAUCUCCUUAAACUUCGCCCCAACAAUAACCUUUUCCGCCGCUUCAAUCAAUCAACUCUUGUUUCACCACUACCAGAAUCUUUCACCAUGGGUUCGCAACCAGCAACGGACCUCGAGUGGCCCGCUAACAAAGUUAGAGAUACGUUUAUUACCUUCUUCCAAGAUCGAGACCAUCGUUAUUGGAAAUCCAGCCCGGUUGUUCCGGUCAACGAUCCCACUCUUCUGUUUGCCAAUGCCGGAAUGAAUCAGUACAAGCCUAUUUUCUUGGGUACUGUUGAUCCUAACACUGAAUUAAGCAAACUGAAGCGUGCCUGCAACACCCAAAAAUGCAUCCGAGCUGGCGGGAAGCAUAACGAUCUUGACGAUGUUGGCAAAGACACAUAUCAUCACACCUUCUUUGAAAUGCUCGGUAAUUGGUCAUUUGGUGAUUACUUUAAAGAAGAAGCCAUCGGUUGGGCUUGGGAACUUCUCACAACGGUUUAUAAACUACCGACUGAUCGGAUAUAUGCUACUUAUUUUGGUGGUGAUGAGAAAUUGGGCCUUCCCGCUGAUAGUGAAGCUAGAGAUAUAUGGCUCAAAUAUUUACCAUCUGCACGGGUUCUGCCAUUUGGUUGUAAAGACAAUUUCUGGGAGAUGGGUGACACCGGACCUUGUGGGCCCUGUACUGAAAUACACUUCGAUAGAGUCGGUGGCCGUGACGCUGCUGGUUUGGUUAAUAACGAUGACCCUACAUUGAUCGAAAUAUGGAAUAACGUGUUUAUUCAGUUUAACAGGGAAGCGGACGGUUCUUUAAAACCUCUGCCUGCCAAACACGUGGAUACUGGAAUGGGUUUCGAAAGAUUAACGUCAAUUCUUCAGAACAAAAUGAGCAACUAUGAUACAGAUGUUUUCAUACCUAUAUUUGAUGCUAUCCAAGCGGCAACUGGUGCUAGACCAUAUUCGGGCAAAGUGGGCCCAGAUGAUGUCGAUGGGAUUGACAUGGCAUACAGAGUAGUUGCUGACCACAUCAGAACUCUUUCAUUUGCCAUCGCAGACGGUUCUUGUCCAGGAAAUGAAGGGCGUGAAUAUGUUUUGAGGCGCAUUCUUCGCCGAGCUGUACGUUAUGGGACAGAAGUACUGAAAGCACAACAAGGAUUUUUCAACGGAUUGGUAAAAGUUGUGGUGGAUGUAAUGGGCCAUGUUUUUCCCGAGCUAAAACAACAAGAGGCGCGCAUUAAAGAGAUUAUAGCUGAAGAGGAAGCAAGUUUCGGGAGGACUUUACUUCAUGGAAUUGAGAAGUUUAAGAAGACAGCUCAAGAUGUUCAAGGAAAGAUAUUUAGUGGACAGGAUGCGUUUGUUUUGUGGGAUACUUAUGGAUUCCCAUUGGAUCUGACUCAGUUGAUGGCAGAAGAAAGAGGGUUGGUAGUUGAUGUUGAGGGCUUUAAUAUCGCUAUGAACGAAGCUAGAGAACGAUCAAGAAACGCCCAGAAUAAGCAAGCCGCUGUUACAAUCGUCAUGGACGCAGAUGCCACCUCAGCGCUGCAUAAGAGAGGCGUGGCUACAACAAACGACAGUUUCAAGUUUACAUGGUUUAAGGACCACAAAAGUGUGAUAAAAGCCAUUUACACAGGCUCCGAGUAUGUGGACCGUGCUGAUGCUGGCGAUGACAUCGGCAUAAUUCUCGAGAGCACUAGUUUUUAUGCUGAGCAAGGUGGUCAGAUAUAUGAUACUGGACUACUUGGAGGCCCAUCUGGAUCAUUUGAAGUCUGUAAUGUUCAAAUUUACGGUGGUUUUGUUCUUCAUCUUGGUAAAAUUAGUGGGGAGUCGGCUCGGUUUAACGUCGGUGAUGAAGUAAUUUGUAAGGUGGACUACGAAAGGCGUCAACGCAUUGCUCCCAAUCAUACAUGUACACACAUGUUAAAUUUUGCUCUCAGGGAAGUACUUGGGAGUCAUGUUGACCAGAAAGGAUCCAUUGUUCUUCCAGAAAAAUUAAGGUUUGACUUCUCCCACGGUAAACCCGUAAAGCCCGAAGACCUUCGUAGAAUUGAAUCGAUCGUGAAUGAACAAAUUAAAGCUGAGCUGGAGGUUUCUGCAAAGGAGGCAAGCCUUACUGAUGCAAAACGAGUAAACGGUUUGCGUGCUGUUUUCGGUGAAGUGUACCCUGAUCCAGUUAGGAUUGUUGCCAUUGGCCGACAAGUGGACGAAUUAUUGGCUGAUCCUGAAAAUGAACAAUGGUCGUCAAUAUCUGCAGAACUUUGUGGCGGGACCCAUAUUUCAAACACACGCGAGGCGAAAGCAUUUGCACUUUUGUCUGAAGAGGGAAUUGCUAAGGGGAUUAGAAGAGUUACUGCCGUAACAACCGACUAUGCUUUUGAAGCGAUUAAAAAGGCGUCUGAGCUUGAGCGGGAAGUUGAUCUCGCAUCUAAACUGGAAGGAAGCCUGCUUGAACAGAAAGUGACAUCAUUAAAUGGUCAAGUAGAGUCUGCCUCGAUUCCAACCGCAAAGAAGGCUGAUCUUAAGGCAAAAAUCUCCGUCCUUCAGAAUCAAGUAAUAAAGGCAAAAAAGAAGACUGCUGAAGAGAACAUACGGAAAGCUGUUGAAGCUGCUACUAAGGCAGCAGAAGUUGCAUCUUCCGAGGGGAAAGCCUUCUGUAUUUCACAAGUUGGUGUAGGGUCAGACACUGCUGCUAUUCGUGAAGCAGUUGUCAAAGUCAUGGAGCAAAAGGGAAUGGCGGUGAUGGUUUUUACCACCGAUGAACAAUCAAAGAAGGCACUAGUUUGUGCGGGUGUGCCAGAAAAAAGCGAUAAAAGCAACCAAUUGAAGGUUUUAGAUUGGCUCAAGGCUGCACUGAAGCCGCUAGAAGGCAAAGGCGGUGGAGGGAAAGGCGGUCUUGCUCAAGGCCAGGGGCCCGAUAUAAAACACAUGGAUGAAGCAAUAGACGUUGCCAAGUCAUUUGCAGCGCUCAAACUGGGCUGAAAGACAGAAAUUUGUUGUGUUUGGCACAGACAUUUGCACAUGUUGACAUGCAGAACCCGUAAUGGGCACACAUAUACAAACCAUGGUUUGUUUGGGUUAUGACACGCUUUGAUGUUUUAUCUGUUUGACUAAACGUAUUUGGAUUAUCUUUAUUGAUCUUUAAACCUCUACACAAGUAAUAUUGUUUGACCUCAAAAUGUGUAUUGGUUUUCGUACAUGGUGGUAGGUAACCAACAUUCAUUGAUGGGUAAAAGAAUUGUUUAACUUUA